AUGGUUGUUCCCGCUGUCUUCGAAAUGGCCUCAAAUGCGUGUAUGGACGAUCGCGACGAAAGGGUAAACCACCUUCCAAGAAGACUGCCCUCCCCAAUCCGGGUGUUCAUCCUGCGUCUUCUCGAGUCCCGUUGGUACCGGGCUUCAAACCCGACCGAAUGGGAAAGAAGAACAGGAAAUAUCUUGACGCCCAGUUUGACUCCAACCUUGACUCCUGAUGCGGGAAUCCCGCAUUUGCCAACGCCAGAAUUUGGAUGGCCGAACAUGGUCGGGUCUGAUUCCAUGGUGACCAAUGGCGAGAAUCCCGCUUCCUUUCCAGAGUCGGGAGAGAUGAAUGAGGAGCACGAAAGUGGGCAUGAAAGAGACGAAAUGCGAAAUGACCCGGAUGAUCACCAUGAACCUUGUAUUGCGGUAGCAUGUCGGACGCUCUCCUCGCUGUAUCAAUUCGUUCAAUCCGACUGUGUGAACCGACAUGCGAUCAACGAUAAUCAAUUUCGCGACAUGUUAAAACCGUCGACGCCGGAGGAGGAAUCCCCCGCAAAUGAUAUUGUGUUUUGCACGACUCGAUCGGCCACAGAGACGGUUUCUCGAGUAUUGAAUUGCACUGGAAAAUCUUGCGCACAGGAUCAUUCCUUGCUCCUCGUUAUUGGCUCGAUUCUUUUGAAAAUCCUGACCUGGUAUGAAGCGCUUUACCAAUCUGAAAUUGGAGAACUGGUCCCGUCAUCCACUCCGUUGCCAGAUAGUCGUGAAGACGUGAGCUCGCGACCGCACCAUUCGAACACCAGUCAUUCUGGUGAUAAGCACCCUACAGGGCUCUCGUCACCGCGUGGAAGGAUGGAAAAACCGAUAUAUACUGUCCCGUUGACCAUUCCAUUGACUACUGGCGCUUUCAGUUUCUCUCGCGCAACGGAGAAAAAGAUGAAAGCCCAACUCCUGCUUUGCGAGGUUCAGACUCUGUCUCAGAUGUUCCAAGCUCUCGACCGUCGAGUACAGGCUGCGGGGAGUAUACGGGGUGAAAAGGAUCUGUGUGGACAGUCGAAUACCCGUUUACAACGGCAGUUGGGCGAGCUGCAGCGUGUAUUGACUGUGGUGUGUACGCAGGUGCCGUCACUGGGAUCGAAUGUUCAUGCGUGA